AUGGCACAUGGCCGCUGGCACAUGGCCCGCCUAGGCCUGCUGGCCAGCUUCGUUUUUCCUGCCUGGGCGGAUGCUGCUAAGCAGCCGGAGCAGAUCCACAUCGGCAUCGGGCAGCUAGCAGGUGAGAUGACAGUGCAUUGGUCUACCAUCCAGGAGAGCCAGUCCGCUUCUCCCGGUGACUCGGUCGUGAUGUACGGCCUCUCUGCUGAUGAGCUGACAAGGAACUCGACCGGCAUUUCCUUCCUCUUCCAGGAUUAUGGCAUAGAGCUCCGGAGUUUUCGAAUGCACGUUGCCACGAUGACGGGCCUUCUGCCAAAUAGGGUCUACUACUACAUUGUGGGCGGCAACAGAACCGGAUGGUCGCAACCUCUGAGCUUCAAGAGUCACCCCAUAUCUGCUGGGGAUGUUCAGUCGCGGCUGCCCAUGAGCUACGCGGUCUACGGGGACUUAGGCGACUACAACGGACAAACCCUGCCCUCCUUGCUGGCGGAAGCGCGAAAAGGCGAGUUGGACAUGGUGCUGCAUGUCGGAGACAUGGCGUACGACUUAGACAGUGACAACGGCCGCAAUGGCGAUGCCUGGAUGCAGGACAUUCAGCCGCUGGCGGCGUCCGUGCCGUACAUGGUGUCGCACGGAAACCACGAAGCCAACCGCCACUUCAAUCACUACACGCAGCGGUUCAGGAAUAUGCCGUCCAACUCUGGAACGAUUACGUUCCCGGAAUAUGGCAAUGUGCCCAACAACUGGUGGUAUUCUUGGGACAGCGGACUUGUCCACUUCGUGACCAUUUCCACGGAGGUUUAUUUCGCUUCCCCUCUGGCACAGAUGGUGGCAGAACAGCAUGAGUGGUUGGAAGCCGACCUUGGAGCCGUAGACCGCACCAAGACUCCGUGGGUAAUUGUUCUUGGUCAUCGGCCACUCUACUGCUCAUGCGACGCAGAUUGCGACAGCUUUGCGACCGUGAACCGCAUGGGGUUGAAGCAGCCAGAUGGGACUUUCAAGUACGGUUUGGAGGAGCUCUUCUACAAGUACGGAGUGGACGUGUUCAUUGCAGGCCACGAGCACAACUACGAGCGCAUGUUCGACGUCUCGCCCAUGUGGGAUCCCAUUACGCCCUGGCUGAGUGGCAUCACCACUGGCAGCACCGUCGACCCACCUGCCACAACGCACAUCAUCACAGGCUCUGCUGGCAGUGUCGAGGACCACGAGCCCUUCACGCGCCCCGCUCCGAAACGGACCGCGAAGCGCCUGAACACCUACGGGUGGUCCAAGCUAACAGUCUACAAUGCCAGUCAUAUCUACUGGCAGCAGUUCCAGACAGACUCGGCACAGCCCCCCAGCACCUGGGGACAGGUCAUGGAUGCAUCAUGGCUGGUCCAGCACCAUCAUGGCCCUUUUGCUCUCCAUCCACGCCGGGACCAGGUGGACAAUUCGGAGGGGAAAGGCUUGCAUCCUCUGGACACGAGUAGCGUCGACAUGUCCUUUUUCAAAACAGGCCGUCGUCUGCAGAUGCAGUGCAAACAUGCCGGCCACGACCAGGAGCUUGCAUGCAGUGACCCAAGCCUUGCUAAGCAGCUGGUUUCUAAGGGGCGCUGGCAGUACACCAAGCUCGUAGACGCAGCGAAGCCUGCGGAUUUCGUCUAG